AUUUAAUCAUCAACUCUAUCCUCUGGGCUCCGGCCGGAAGCAGAGCCAAAAAUCAAAGAAGAUGGAAGGUGUAUCAACGAGACUGUACAAAGGAUUAAAGCGGUACUGGAGGAGACGGAGCUACGUGAAGCUAAAGGGGUCACGACGGAUGCGGAGGAACGAGGUGGAGCUGGGCUCCUCUCUCAAUGGGCGACGGCGGUUCUGGCGGAUCAGAAUCAAGCCCAAGCUCAGGCUGCGGACUCCAAAGAAAUUCUUCGUCUGGCUCCGUGACGCCUACGUGAAUAUGAUGCUGCGAUUGUCUAACUCCUGGGUGAUGACCGCCGGUUCUGGAUACGGCGGAGUCAUUAGCAACGGGAUUGCUACCUUCGGAAAACAGCCGAUGAAGGAAUACGACGAGAAGAUGAUCGUUGAGAUCUACAAGUCGUUCGUGAUUGGCCAGUUGACGCCCCACGAUGCGGCCAAGCUUGGCAGCGCCGCCGUCCCUGCACGAACCAUAUGAAGUAAGAUAUUAAGGGAUUCUUUUUUAAAAACUUCUGUGGUUCUAUUUUCACCGGAAAUCAGAUUUCAAGACAGUAAUAUUAAUAUCCUGAUGCAAACUAGGAUUAGGGACAAAGUUCUCUGAAUUCUCAAAGGACUGCAAAAAUUUCGAAAAAAAAAAAAAAAUUCUUCUAUUUAUGUCUCUUGUAAUUGUUUAUUAGCAAAACUAUGCAGUUGGUAAUAAGUAGUUAAAGUCAUCUAUAUCGCCUGAAACCGAAAUAUGUAUGUAAAAUAAAAACCGAUUACUUAUUGUUCAACAUCAUGAUUUUAUUUUCAUCUCUUUUUAAUUCAUUGUAAUGUUUAUAAAUAUGAUGAUCCCAC